GAGCAACAUGUCUGACUCUCUGUAUCUCAUCUCCGGAGCCACCGGCGCAACCGGGCGCUUCACCACCUUAACAUUGCUCAACUCAGGCCGGAAAGUUCGAGCUUUGGUGCAUAAGGAGGACGAACGCUCAGAACCGUUGAAGAGCCUCGGAGCAGAGAUUGUUGUUGGCGACCUCCUCAGCCUGGAACAGAUCCGCGCGGCAAUGGACGGCGUAACGGGUGCAUACUUUGUCUAUCCUUUCCUUCCCGGCCUUGUUGAAGCGACUGCUUUUUUCGCCCAGGCCGCGAUCGAGGCGGGCGUUACUUCGAUCGUCAACAUGUCACAGAAGCCAGCUCGUGCGGACGCCAAGAGCCAUGCAUCUCGCGACCAUUGGAUAAGUGAACAGGUCUUCGACUGGUCAGGGGUUCCCACUACCCACAUUCGUCCGACGUUUUUCGCCGAAUGGCUGACCUAUCCGAUGGAAGCUUUCAAUGUGAAAAAGGGGAGCAUAGAGUUUCCGUUUGGUGAUGCACGUCAUGCGCCCAUUGCCGCCGAAGACCAGGGUCGCGUGAUUGCUGCUGUACUUCAGAAUCCGAAGCAACACGCAGGAAAGGUCUAUCCGCUCUACGGCCCUGAAGAACUUAACCAUCGCGAGAUUGCCGAGAGACUCACACGUGCGCUUGGUAGGCCAUUCAUCUACAAGCCACUGAGCAUCCCGGAGUUCGUGGCGCGCCUGGAGAAGAGCGGCAUGCACCCACGACUUGUACAGCACUUACGCGCGGUUGCUGAAGACUACAAGAACGGAGUGUUUGCCGGUACAAAUUCGGUGGUAGAGGACCUCACUGGGCGCAAGCCUCUAUCGGUAGAGCAGUUCGCUGAGGCGAAUCGAGCCAAAUUCGAGCUGUGA